AUGCCGUGGGAGAAUGUGGCCAAGACGGCCCUGCAGCAGCUCAAGGAUGAGCGCGCAGGCCUGGGCAAGGCCGCGGACGCACUUGUGAAGGGUGCACAGGCCUGUGAAACUCGCGGCUGCGGUGCUGACGAUCUUCUGCCGCUCUACUGGAAGGCGUGGGACCUGCUGGAGGCGCAGGACAAACCGCACCUCGCUGUGGAGCCGUUGCGCAAGAAGCUAGCUUCCUGGUCAAGAGUGGCAAGCAUGUUGGGCAACAAGGAGCUGCUGCAGGCGACGGCGCACAAGCCCGGCUUCAUGGCGCUAGACAACCAGAUCGGGCUGGAAGUGCGAGUCAGCAGCAGUCGAUGCAGAGGAACCCGUUCGCACCAUCGGCUCGUGCUGCCCCUGCGCAGCGCGGGGGGCAGUAGUGAGAAGCGAACAUGGCUCCUUCAGCAGCAGCAGUUCGACAGACUCGAGUUGCUGAUGGCGGGCCGACCUACCCGACGUCCCCUAACACUCUGA